AAUAGUAAACUGACGAUUCUCUUCUCCGGACGAUUCUCUGACCCUCAGCGAUUCCGAAGGAGAGCUUGGCUUUGUGGCCGUUGAGGACGAUUCUGCCGGAGAGGAAAGUGUUGGCGGCGAGGCGGCCGGAGAGGGCGUUGAGGAGAGUAGAUUUGCCGGAGCCGGAAGGUCCCAUGAGGGCGGUGAAGGUUCCAGGCUCUGCAUAUCUAACGAGACUUCCAUGCCAGCCAGGCGGAGACGUCUCCCAUGAACUCCCAUUUUUGGGCACUUACAGGUACAUUGUCGAGAUUCGCAGACGAGAUUGCGAGAGAAAAGAAGGUGCAAGUGUUCGCUAUCCGUAUAGACUGUUCGAAUUCUCAGAGCAUACGAGAGGCCUUCGAGGGGGUCCUGUCCAUCGGAUUCGUCGAGGUUUUAGUGUAUAACGCGUACAAGGAGGUGUCUAAGAAGCCCACCAACUUCGUGGAUAUUAAGGUUGACCAGUUUGAGAAAUCCAUGGCCGUUUCCUCUAUCGGAGCCUUCCACUGCGCUCAACAGGUAUCGCCGGGCAUGGUGGAAAGGGGUAGAGGGACGAUUCUCUUCUCCGGAUGCUCCGCCCCCGUUUCCGGCGUUGCUGGCUUUUAUGAAUUAUGUUGCGGGAAAUUUGCUUUGAGAGGAUUAUCGCAGUGUCUGGCGAGGGAGAUGAGGCAAGAAAAUUUAUUAUUUCUUGAAAGGCUCCGAUGAAGACGCUGUCGCCGUCGCUGUUAAAUCCUUCCAUGCCAACAGCAGUUUUGUAGGCCGU